AUGGCUUGGGGAUUGAGUAACAGCAAUCAACCUUUCUUAUGGGUGAUCCGACCAGGUUCUGUUCCCGGCUCAGAAUGGACAGAAUCCUUACCAGAGGAAUUUAAUAAGUUGGUUUCAGAAAGGGGUUACAUUGUGAAAUGGGCACCACAGAUAGAAGUUCUCAGACAUCCUGCAGUAGGAGGUUUUUGGAGUCACUGUGGAUGGAACUCGACGCUAGAGAGCAUCGGGGAAGGAGUUCCCAUGAUCUGUAGGCCUUUUACCGGCGAUCAGAGAGUUAACGCGAGGUACGUUGAGAGUGUUUGGAGAAUUGGGGUUCUAUUGGAGGGAGAACUGGAUAAAGGAUUUGUGGAGAGCUCUGUGAAGAGGUUGACUGUGGGUGAGGAAGGAGCAGAUAUGAGAAAGAGAGCCAUUGCCUUGAAAGAGAAGCUUAUAGUCUCUGCCAGAAGUGGAGGUUCCUCAUGUAGCUCAUUGGACGAUUUUGUCAAUUCCUUGACGACGCCGUGA